GUUGGUCGACGGUCGUCCUUCUUUAGUAUUGUGACAAAUUUUGACGUUUGUGUAAGUGAGAUUUCACUUGUAAGUGUAGUGGUUUUGUUAUUACUCGACACACGUAACAUUUGUUGUUAAUUUAUUGUUGUAAAGUGCGGAAACAAAAGAUGACCGACAAAAAGGCAAUUGGCGGCGCGGUACCGCCCCAGUCGUCCGCCCCGACAUUUACGCCCCAGCCGCCGCCGCAGGCCAACCAAGUGCCCACGCCCCAGCCCUACGGAGUGAUGCCCGCAAUGCCUGGUGGUAACCCGUACAUGACCUUGCCAGGACAGACUCAAAUCUACCCUCAGGGUCCUCCGCCGACAUACGAUCAAGCUUUGACCCAUCCCGCCACAAUUGUCGGUCAACAUAUGUAUCCACCGGGGACUAUGUACGCUGCUGGCUAUCCUGCUGCAUACUUGGGGUAUCCUACUUAUGCUCCAAUGCAGUAUUAUCCAUCCUUAGGAGCUUAUUCUUAUGCCAUGCAACCUGCUCAAAUAAGACCAACUAUUAUGAUCCCAAAUGCGUACGACACAGGGGCCCGUUUCGACGGCAUCGCACAACAGGUGUUGCCUCCAGCUCCGCCCGGCGUGCCCCCAUCCGCCGCCCAGAUCGCGGCCAUGGCCGGUCACCCGGUCGCCCUCGGCCAGAAGAAGAACAGCUUCAUCGCCGGCGGAUCCGAUGGCGGCUACGCGUUCUGGUAGAGACACCCGUGGACUCUAGGCUAAACGAAAUUCUUUAAUUUAGACGACUAGAUCUUCAAAAACAUAAAAAAAAUGCAAAAAAUAUUAACAAACAACAAAAACCUCCGUCGAUUUUUCUAGGACUGUCCUCUUUGAAUCACGAAGGCGGGGUGCUCGUCUAGUCUUUGUUCUUUAUAUUUUCGUUUCUUCUUUUGUUGUAGUCAAAGUGUCAAAGGAGGUUGAUUUUUGUUUCGUGCAUUAUUUCCAGCUAAUGCAGGUUUGAUGGUUUUGAUAUUUAUGAUAAGUGCCAGUUAAAAAUUGACGAAUUCAGUUAACCCAAAAAUUUAAAGGUACGGAGCUACAAUUAUACAGAUCUCAUGUCAAAUAUUGUUUUGUUGAACGAUCAAUUUAAAUUUGGACUUGUACAAAUUAGUCUCAACAAUAUUAUUAAAUUCAAGUACAAUUCUGGAUAUUGGUUUCCUAGUUAGGUUUAACUGAAAGGUGUUUUACUGAAGAACUAUCAUUUAUAAUCUUGGGUUGUAGACUUUCUUUCUGAGACACCUCAGUUUUCAUGUCAAUAUUAUAUUAUUUUAUAUAUUUUACCAAACAUGAUUUAUAUUUUUAUUAUAUUUUUCUAUUGUCUAUUGCUUUUUGAUAAAGUAAUUCGUUAAUACAAAAAAUAUAGUGCAAUAAAGUUAAAUCAGUUUAUAUUUUGUUGAAAUAUUUAUUCUUAACAUUGUUAACUACACUGUUUUUUGUUAAUUAUUAAAAGUAAAUAAAUUAUGAAUGAAAUAAUUUCUAUAGGCAAUAAAAUUUGUUAGGAUAGUGGUAUUGACGAUUUUUUGGGAAAAUUUUAUUGUUGACACAAAUAUCCUUUUUUAUAUAUUAAUUACAUUAAAAUUUUUCCAAAAAUAUUGGUUACUAUGACGUUUUUCUUUUAGUUUGUAUAAAUAAACAGAAGAAAACUGACAUGAACUUAUAACAUUUUAACAGCCUAAGAAAAUAUUUCAAAUUCGUUUUUAUUUAAAUUGCGAGUUAAAUUGCUUUGAAAUUUAUUGUUUAAUUGACGACGUUUCGAUUUUCUUUCGAACUAUAAAAUACAAUCAGUACUCUAUACAUGAAAUUUUUAGGUCUGUUAUAAGUUUCAGAUAGCUUUUAAUGAGUCUCAACUUCUACUUCAACAUUUAACUUUUGAUUAAAUUAAUAAUCAAAUAUAUUUGGCAAUAAUUUCUAUGUGAAUAUUUGAUAUUAAUUUAUAUUUGAAUCCUCGCUCAUUUCAGUUCCAGAUUUUCUUUGUUUAUACAGAGUAAAAGAAAAAAACAUUGUCUGCAGCUUAUAAUAUUUUUACUAGUCAAUCAUUAAUAUAGAAAAUCAAUCGAAUAUAGACAAUGGAUCUAUGUAGAAUGGAACACCAAUGAGAUGUCUUGGUAUUUGCCAUUUUUUUUUUGUUGUACUGAUAUUUUUGUUAUAUUAAAAACUUUUACAAUGAAAUUUACUAUUGUAAGACUGUAAAGAUCUAUUGUGAAAAUAUAUAUUGUGACUAAAUCGUU